AUGCGACGAGCCAAGCUGGACAAGCAUGCGGUCUUUGCUUCGAUGCAAGAGCMUAAAUACUUGACUCUUUUGAAUGCGUUUCAGGAUGUCUGCGUCAAGAAGGAAUCAAGUUCCGCCGUAGCAUCGAAAGCGAAUCUAUAUGCCAUUCCGCCGUAUUCAUCCACGGCAUCUCCUCAGCCAACAAAACGGGCCUUUACCCGGUCAACGAGUACUGGAAAUUAUCAGCCGAAUCCCACACCUCCGGCCACUAAGCGCAAGUUAAGUCGAUGGAAGUCUACCAAUGGGACUGGCAAUUAG